UGACGUUUCACUGAAACUCAGUAACAAGCUGAAAGUCGUGAACGUGUAAAUACAAUUGUAAAUAUCUCGAGAUAUUGAGAAUUAUAUUGCUAUGUCAACGUGUGCCUGUAGAAAAUAGAGUCAAAGUAACAAAAUGAUUGACCCAAGCUCAUCCGAGGAAGACAGUGAGGAUGAACAUAGGAAGCAACCCUCUAAACUACCAGUGGUACCUCCAGGAUCGCUUGCUAGCGGAAGGCCAUCUGUCAGAGGCAAGCCGGACCUGCCACGUGGAUCAACUGCUGGCUUACCAGGAGCGGGACCGCUCACAGCAGCGCCGCUCGCUGCUCCCCUCCACCCAGCCACGAGGCAGAGGGAGGCCGCCGCCCUUGCGCCCCCACAGCACGCAUCGUUCUUGCGCAGGACAUCGACGGGGAGUGCGAGCUCGGGUGAGGCACCUGCGCCUUCCCCAAGCCCCUCCGGCACCAGCCACUCUGACAAGGACCAAGACCCACAGGAGAAGAUAGAAAAACUUGAAGAAGAUAAGAAACGUCGGCUUCAACUAUACGUUUUCGUGUCACGAUGUAUCGCCCACCCUUUCAAUGCAAAGCAGCCUACAGACAUGACAAGACGGCACACAAAGCUGACGCCACACCAGCUCGAAACCAUACAAGCCAGGUUUCAGGCUUUCCUGAAAGGAGAGACGCAGAUUUUAGCAGAUGAAGCGUUCCAGAACGCCGUGCAAUCUUACUACGAUGUUUUCCUCAAGUCGGAGAGGGUUGAACAAAUGGUCAAGUCUGGAGCGUGUUCUCAUCACGACUUUCGUGAAGUCUUCAGAAAUAAUAUUGAGAAACGUGUCAGGUCUUUGCCAGAAAUCGAUGGUCUCAGUAAAGAAACCGUUUUGACAACAUGGCUCGCUAAGUUAGACUGUAUCAUGAAAGGAACCGGAAUAACAGGUAUACCAGGUGAUGACGAUUCGAAGAGACCGUCGCGUGCGCAACAACAAAGUCUUAACGCUGAAUGUAUACUGAGCAAGGAGCAACUGUACGACAUGUUUCAACAGAUCUUGGGGGUCAAGAAAUUUGAACAUCAAUUAUUAUUCAACGCUCUCUUAUUGGAUUCGGCCGAUGAACAAGCUGCUGCGAUAAGAAGAGAACUGGAUGGAAGAAUGCAAAAAGUUAAUGAAAUGGAGAAGAACCGCAAGUUGAUGCCCAAGUUCGUGCUGAAGGAGAUGGAAUCACUCUACAUCGAGGAACUGAAGUCAUCCAUCAAUCUGUUGAUGGCGAACCUGGAGUCGCUGCCCGUCUCGAAGGGCGGCGCAGACUCCAAAUAUGGUCUCCAUAAGAUCAAGCGGUAUAAUCACAGAUCAAAUGCUGGACCAGAUCCGAGUCCAAGGUUGAGUAAGCAGCUAUGUUUCAGAUCGCAAGGGUCUCUAGCGAACAAGUUGACUGGUGAAUCAGAUGGGGGCGAUGUUGACACACAGCUGACAAAAAUGGAUGUGGUUCUUACAUUCCAGAUAGAGGUGGUUGUUAUGGAAGUCAAGGGAUUAAAAUCCUUAGCUCCUAACAGAAUAGUCUACUGCACCAUGGAAGUUGAAGGGGGCGACAAGCUUCAAACCGAUCAGGCUGAAGCAUCUAAACCUAUGUGGGACACACAAGGGGAUUUUAGCACUACUCAGCCAUUACCAGCAGUUAAAGUGAAGCUGUAUACAGAAAAUCCUGGAGUUCUUGCCCUUGAAGAUAAAGAACUGGGCAAAGUGGUCCUUCGACCUACACCCUUAUCCAGCAAGGCCCCAGAAUGGCACCGUAUGACAGUACCAAAGAACUUACCGGAUCAAGAUCUCAGAAUCAAAAUUGCUUGUCGGAUGGACAAGCCGCUGAACAUGAAACACUGCGGCUACCUCCACGUGAUCGGCAAGAAUGUGUGGCGCAAAUGGAAACGACGGUACAUGGUUCUAGUACAAGUGAGCCAAUAUACUUUUGCUCUCUGCUCCUAUAAGGACAAAAAGUCUGAGCCUGCUGAGAUGAUGCAACUCGAUGGUUUCACUGUGGAUUAUAUUGAAUUGGCGAGCGCCCAGUUGAUGGUCGGACAAGAACUGGAGGGAGCGAAAUAUUUCAUGAACGCCGUGAGAGAUGGGGAGUCGGUGCUGAUGGGUGUGGGUGAUGAAAACGAAUGCCAUUUGUGGGUGAUGGCUUUGUACCGUGCCACGGGUCAGAGUCACAAGCCAACGCCGCCCACUACUUCUGAUACUCAUAUUAAGAUUAUGGGAGAUGCAGAUAAAGCGCGAAAACAUGGAAUGGAGGAUUACAUCCAAGCUGAUCCGUGUCAGUUCGAUCAUCACCAACUUUUCACUACACUGCAGUCACUGACGCUGAAGUAUCGUCUACAGGACCCUUACUGUUCCUUGGGUUGGUUUUCGCCUGGUCAAGUUUUUGUAUUAGACGAAUACUGCGCAAGAUAUGGAGUAAGAGGAUGCUACCGUCAUCUCUGCUACUUAUCCGAUUUGCUGGAUGUGGCUGAUAGUGGACAGCAAACUGUGGACCCUACACUCAUGCAUUACUCUUUCGCCUUCUGUGCUAGCCAUGUGCACGGAAAUAGUACUGCCACGUUGCCUGGCAGGCCAGAUGGAGUUGGCAGCAUUACAGUACUAGAGAAGGAGAAGUUUGCUGAGAUUAAAGAACGUCUCAAGACUCUGUUGCAGCAUCAGAUUACAAACUUCAGAUACGCAUUCCCGUUCGGACGACCUGAAGGCGCAUUAAAGGCGACCCUCUCGCUCCUAGAGCGGGUUAUGAUGAAGGACGUAGUGACUCCUGUGGCUCCUGAAGAUGUCCGUACCAUGAUUCAGACGAGCUUGGAGAAUGCAGCUCUCCUCAACUACACCACCUUAAGCCAGAAAGCAAACAUCGAGGAGGAUCUUCGUGGCGAAACAAUGGUGACACCAGCGAAGAAACUGGAAGAUCUCAUUCAUCUUGCUGAAAUCUGCGUUGAUUUGCUCCAGCAGAAUGAAGAGCAUUACGCGGAGGUUUAUAACACAAAACCGGACUCUAGCGGUCAACAAAAUGCUUUUGCGUGGUUUUCGGAGCUACUCGUUGAACAUGCGGAGAUUUUCUGGGCCUUGUUUGCUGUAGACAUGGAUCGCGUGCUAGCAGAACAACCCCCAGACACUUGGGACUCCUUCCCACUUUUCCAGAUCUUAAAUGAUUAUUUGAGAACAGAUGAAAAUUUGAGAAACGGCCGUUUCCAUGAACAUCUGCGUGAUACAUUUGCGCCACUUGUUGUGCGCUACGUCGACCUCAUGGAAUCAUCCAUAGCUCAGUCUCUUCACAAGGGAUUCGAAAAAGAACGUUGGGAGAUCAAAGGAAACGGUUGCUCAACAAGCGAGGAGCUCUUCUGGAAGCUGGAUGCCUUGCAGUCUUUCAUCAGGGAUCUGCACUGGCCUGAGCCAGAGUUCCGCUCCCACCUGGAGCAACGAUUGAAGUUAAUGGCCAGCGACAUGAUGGAAACAUGUAUUCAGAGGACUGAAGCAUCUUUUCAGGCAUGGUUAAAGAAAAGUGUGACAUUUAUGUCAACGGACUACAUCCUGCCGGCUGAAAUUUGUGCCAUGGUGAACGUGGCUCUUGACGCGAAGAAUCAAGCGCUAAAGCUUUGUGCGGUUGAAGGUGUCGAUAUCUACCAGUACCAUGCUAAAAUGGAUGCCCAGAUCGAGGCGUGUCUGCAUGCGAUGUCUACGGGUAUGACGAGCCGUCUGUCCGCCGUGCUGGAAGCUACUCUUGCUAAGAUCGCGCGUUUCGACGAGGGCAGUUUAAUAGGCUCAAUACUGACGAUUGCAAACGUUUCCGGUUCUGGGAAAGACAUUGGACAGGGCUAUGUGAACUUCAUGAGAAAUUCUAUGGACCAAAUCAGAUCUAAGGUGACAGAUGAGCUGUGGAUCCUGCAGCUCUUCGAACAUUGGUAUGGUGUUCAGAUUGGGCACAUUUCGACGUGGCUCAAUGAGCGUCCAGCACUCCAUCCACAACAGGUCGCCUGCCUUUCCAUCGUCCUUAAGAAAAUGUAUAGUGACUUCGAGCUUCAAGGCGUUAUCGACGACAAGCUUAAUUCAAAGCCGUAUCAAGCCGUGGCAGCGAGAAUGCAUACGGAGGAGGCCACGUGUAGCUUGGUACUGGCUCAGCAAGACCAAGGGGGUGGCGAUGAUGGUGGUUCUGAGGAAGGCGCUCGAGGAAAGUCUAAAUUGGAAUCUCUUACAGAAGACGCUAAAUUAGGAAACGUCGGCGCUGUAGUUGGCAAGGUUGGCAACAUGUUCGGGCGCGGUAUCGGCGAGUUGUCAACGAAAUUGGGCGGAGCAUCAUCAUGGUUUUAGCUUUGUGUACAAUCGUUUAUUAUUACCGUAUUAUACUUUGCAUUUGUAUAUUUAAAAAUAUUAUGAACAGCUUUCUUUUAAAAUCUUACUGUGAUGACGCAAAAAUCUCUUUUUUCAAACGGUAAACUUAGUGUCCGCCAUUUCGUGAUCACGUGACAAGAUGGCGUCUAAUAAAUAUAAGCGGCAAGCAUAGCUUAGUUUAAAAUAGUGUUAAAGAAGUUUAGAUUUUAUUUUAUAAAAAGCUUUAUGUACAGUUAGUGACAUUAUUCAUUUGGAGCGAGUAACAUGUAUUAGAUGUGUAUUUUAAGAUUAGUAUUUGAUAACGUGAUUGAUGUAAAGAAAAAUAUUAUAUAGAUAAAAAAUGUAAACUCUUGCUACAAUAAGGAAACAUAUCGCUUCGUGCAAGUAUUACGUAAAUGAAUGAACAUAAAUAAAUUUUAUUUACUGAAACAUACGUAGUAGUAUGUUUGUGCAUUUUGAUGAACAUUGGCCAUUUAUGAGGACGGAAAGUAUUUUACGAAGAUCACGAUCUCAAUGACGUAGACUGCUUUUCUUGGAUUGAAUUCAAUUUAAAAAAAAAAUAUUCGUUCAAACGCGAUUAAAUAAACCUAUUAAAAUACAUUUCGAUUUCAAGAUACGUUCAAUCGUUAUUAUUUUUAUUAUCUUUUCUUUUAAAGUAAUAUAACCAAAAUUAAUUAAAUCAUUAUAAUAUUGAAAGAAAUCGAUUCUUACCCUUCUAAAUACUUGACAAAUGUUACUUAGACUAAUGUAGUGCAGUUUUCAAUGCAACUUUUUCUAAACUAAAAGCAAUAUUUUUCUAAUAUAAUAACAUCAAAUCAUAACGGUAAAAAAAAUACCUUAUCUUUAUUGCGGCGCCACACAGGUAACUGACUCACGAUUACGAUCUAUAAGAAUAUUCGAGAAUGCUUAAGACUUCUGAGAUAUUAUGAACUAUAAAAGAAAUCUUUCGAAGUCAGCAAAAUCUUUGCUUGAAUGAUUAGCCCUGAAAUGUAGCGCCGGUCUAAGGAAAACUUAUUUCGUGCAAUUUUGUAAAAUAAAACAAAUCAUUGUACACAGACUAAAAAUAAUCAUAACUGUCACUGUCAAGUUGUGCUAUAAGUUACAAAAAGAAGUUUUUAUUCUACAAAAAUGUACGCGAUAUAUUUAGUAACUGUUUUGAUGUAGUAUAGUAAAAUCUCUAUAGUUAAAAUGUUCUCUAGAUUCUACUUAAAGUCUAUUCGACACUAGACCUAACACUACAUUGUCCUAGUUGUCAAAUAUUUACCUAUAACUUUAUAUAAAAAAAACUCCUAUAACUAUAUUUGUUAACAAAAAAUAAUAAUAUUCUUCUACGCUAACAUACGAAUUUUUGAACAACUAGUUGAAAAUUUAAACACAUUUUAGAUAAAUUGAACUAAAUAAAUAAUGGUUACGCUGAUUCGCCAAAAAUAUAUUGUGAAAAUAGGCUUGCGAUGUAGGCCUUCUGCAUGAGUGAUGUAUCAAUAAAAAAAAUUAAAAACAUAAUCACCUACAUUAAAAUAAAACAUUAAAAGAUACGUCAUAACAUUGCGUAGACCACAGAAUAUAAAUAUUUAAAAUAUCUUAUUUCACUUUGGUUUGUUUACAAAUAUAAUUUUACUAUAUUAUAUAAAGUAUAUAGAGAAUAUAGUCAAUAUCUGUCGCUUGCAAUAUUAAAAAUCACAACAUUACUUUUUUCACUCUAGCAACAUAAUUUAAAAAAUAAUAGCACCUAUCUAAGCACCACCCCGGUUAUAUGGCAAAGAGGUGUUAUGAAUCAUUUGCUUGCUUACAUAGAAGAUAAACUUACAAAACAAUAAAAGUUCAACUGACUUAAAAUUCUCAUGAUCGUGAUAUCAAAUUCUUCUAUAAUUUUCUUGCAGUUUUUAACCGAUAAAAAAAGCGUGAAAAAUUAUAGACAUUUCCGAGAUGACUUCACGCACAUCAUAAUAAUCAUUCGUGGCACUUUAGUCUUUGAAACGGAAACCCAAAUAUUUUUGUUAAGUGAUCAACUGGCAUUUCCUUUAUAACUAAACUAGGUAACGCUCAAUGGAAAGUGUAGUUGUAAGUGCAUUAACGAGCGGACUGAAGUGUGGGCUUAGGCUUAUAUCUUCACGUGAUGUAUCUCGCGAUGGCUUAGGCUUGGUUAGCCAAUAUCUGUUGUUUUAAUAUAGACUAAUGUCUGGGUUACAAGCACGUAUUGCGAUACUAUGUACCUCGAAAGUUACCAUCAAUAAAACUAUUAAAACAACUAGUCUUGAAAAAAAAAUCAUUUAUCUUCUAUAUUUAAGUAAAUUCGAGUAAAUUAUUAGCGUCGCAAUUAGUGUCAAUACCGGACGUUAGGGAAAACAUGUGCCUAACUUUAACCGCUAUAAUCUAAUAGUCGACACCCUUCAGUUAGCUUAUAAACCAUAGAAAUCAUCGCGAGUGCCAGAUGAUAAAAUAAUUAAUAUUUACAAUAAAAUAAAAACUGUUUACUGUUCC